AUGAGUCUCAUGCCUCGAUCAUCCGCUCGAGACGACCUACCUGAAGCAUUAGCACCAGACCCUCAGACCGCGACAGAUUUCCAGGUCACAGACAACUGUUUUGCCUUUUAUCCAGGCCAGUUGAACAAGCUCUUCAACCCCAAGUCCCUCCCUGCACUUCAUGCUCUCGGUGGACUUCACGGCCUCGAGUAUGGCCUGCGCACCGAUCUCAACGCUGGGCUGUCAGCCGACGAGACGACCCUUCCUGGUGCUGUCACACUCGAAGAGGCGAGACAGGCUGCACUGUCCAAGACGGAGAGCUCGAGGAAGGGUUUCGGCAGGCUUCUCUGGGACGCGUAUAAUGAUAAGAUCAUCAUCUUGCUGACCAUCGCGGCCGUCGUCUCGCUGUCGCUUGGGAUAUAUGAAGCUAAAGUCGAUCGUCAGGUGAGAGUGAUCCGCUCCGGAAGGUCGAUGAUGGUCCAUAUGAAUGAUCUGGUCGUGGGCGAUGUCGUCCAUAUUGGGCCGGGCGAUUGUGCCCCCGCCGACGGGGUGGUGAUAAUGAAUCAUGGGCUGAGAUGCGACGAGUCCAUGGCGACGGGCGAAUCCGAUCAGAUUGAGAAAGACAGUGGCGACGCAGCUGCUGAUGACCGGGACAAUUUCAUUAUAUCGGGAAGCAAAGUCCCCGAAGGACUGGGCACAUAUCUGGUCACCAGCGUGGGCCCGCACUCUACGUACGGCCGAAUAAUGGUGUCUCUAGGAACAGAGAGUGCACCAACCCCACUACAGGUGAAAUUGGGGAACCUGGCCAGCUGGAUAGGCUGGUUCGGACUAGGGGCAGCCCUACUCUUCUUCUUCGUGCUCCUCUUCCGCUUCUUGGCUCGACUACCCGAGAACGAUGCACCGUCAACCGUAAAAGGGCAAGAGUUUAUGGAUAUUCUCAUAGUUACGGCGACGGUGAUCGUGGUUGCAAUACCCGAGGGACUACCGCUGGCUGUGACCCUGGCCCUAGCUUUUGCGACUGCCCGAACCCUGACGCAGAACAAGAUGACGGUGGCGGCGGGCUUCUUGAGUACCAGGGAAUCGUUCGGCCGACUGCCCAAUGCAUCUCAACCGCAGGACGACAUCGCCUUCAUCGUGACGCAGAGGUACCCGCGUUCGAGGAGCAGCGGGAAUAACACCGAGAUUGCACUCCUUCGGCUCGCACAGACGGGUCUUGUGGAGGACGUGUCAAUUGAGCGCGAAAGGGCCCAGAUUGAACAAGUUUACCCAUUUGACUCGGCUCGCAAGACAAUGGCAGUCGUGUAUCGCUCGGAAACAGGGCACCGAUUGCUGGUCAAGGGAGCAGCUGAGGUCGUCCUCGGCGGACAAUACACGGGCAAAUCACUGCCUUUGCCCGAGCCUCGUUGCGGACGAUCGGAAUUGCGUAUCGCGAGCUCCAAGGCAGUGAUUCUUGGGCAGACCGGAGACCACGAGAAGGCUGCCCUCGACUUCGAUAGCCUGUUCAACGACUUGGUCUGGAUCGGAGCAUUUGGUAUCCACGAUCCUCUGAGACCCGAAGUUCCCGAAGCCAUCCAAAAGUGCCACGCGGCGGGCGUCCAGGUCAAGAUGGUCACUGGUGACAAUAUCAAUACGGCAUUGUCCAUUGCCAUCUCCAGCGGGAUCAAGACGGACGACGGCAUCGCAAUGGAAGGGCCUGACUUCCGGAAGCUGAGCGAGGGGCAGCUGAAUACGACUGUUCCACGACUCCAGGUCCUGGCUCGCUCUUCUCCCAGUGAUAAACAGCUUCUCGUGCAAUAUCUCAAACGGCUUGGUGAGACGGUGGCUGUGACAGGCGAUGAGACCAACGACGGGCCGGCGCUCAAGGCUGCUGAUGUAGGUUUCUCGAUGGGCCUGAGUGGGACUGAGGUGGCGCGUGAAGCAAGCUCAAUCAUUCUACUCGACGACAACUUUCGUUCAAUCGUCACGGCCAUUGCCUGGGGCCGCUGUAUCAAUGAUGCCGUGGCCAAGUUCCUGCAGUUCCAAAUCACGGUCAACAUCACCGCCGUCUGUCUGACUGUCGUGACGGCCAUCUACAGCAGCUCCAACGAAAGCGUCUUCAAGGCGGUCCAGUUGCUGUGGCUCAAUCUGAUUAUGGACACUUUUGCCGCCCCGGCCCUAGCCACCGAGCCUCCCACCAAGGAAAUCCUCCAACGACCCCCGAGACCCCGAAGCGCGCCUUUGUUCACCGUGACCAUGUGGAAGCUGAUGCUGGGCCAAUCCAUCUACAAACUAGCCCUCUGUUUCACACUGUACUUUGCAGGCGACAAGAUCCUCAACUACAAUACCGAGAUCCAGCAGCAGCAGCUCGAACUCGACACAAUCAUCUUCAACACCUUCGUCUGGAUGCAGAUCUUCAACGAGCUGAACUGUCGUCAGCUGGACAACCGGUUCAACAUCUUCCAGGGUAUUCUGGAAAACAGAUGGUUCAUGGUGCUCAACGCCCUGAUGGUUGGCGGACAGGUGCUUAUCAUCUUUGUCGGUGGUGCAGCGUUCGGUGUCACCAGCCUGGAUGGCUCGCAAUGGGCCAUUUGCAUCGGAUGCGCCGCCUUCUGUAUCCCCUGGGCCGCAGUGCUGAAGCUCAUCCCGGGUCGGCAUGUUGGCAUGCUUAUGUCUAUUGUGAGUAUUGUAUUGGGGGUUCUGCUUGGUCCACUGAGGAAGAUGUAUCGGGCUCUUGCCCGAAGCUUUGAUGGCUUCUUUCGGAGAGUCCACGUUCGGGAUGAUGAAGAAUGGAACGUCUGCCCAGCGGAGACUCGUGUGCGACGAUGA